AUGGCUGAAGUUACUGGGCUCGCGCUUGGCGUCCUAGGCCUCGCUGGUCUGAUCGGCGCUUUUAAGGAUACCAUCGAUGUUUUCAACACCGUUGUAGAUAUGCGCCAUAUGGGCCGUCAGUAUCAAGUCCUCGAUAUCAAGCUAGAUAUAGAAAAGGCCCUCCUCCUUCAGUGGGCGGAUCGGGUGAAACUUCUUCAAGCUGAUCACGACGUGCGACUCGAUGAACCGAACACCCAAACCCUCGUUUUGCGGAUCCUUGGUUCAGUUCGAUCACUUUUAACGGACGCGGAUCAGUUACAAAAGCGCUAUGGGUUGCGACUGGAAAAUGACACUGAGACGCCGAUCUCGGCGGGUCUUGAGCCGGACUUUUCAUAUCUGCCCUCUAGACUAUUGAGCGGACCAAUUCCGCUGCAGCAUGUUAGUUCCGACCAACAGCGAGAUCAGUCUCAGUCCGGCUGGAGGUUCAGUCAGAAGCGCAUGAAGAGCUUUGUGAAACGGCUCGAAGCACUACCAUUUCCGGAACAAGGUCGGGCGACCACAACAUCUACUACCCAAAAGACACGUUGGGUUAUCAGAGAUAAACAGAAGUUCGAGGUUCUCAUCCAAGAUGUUGCCGAGCUGACAACCAAACUCGAUCAGGUUGUCCCUCCGUCAAAUUCCGAAACAGCUCGCUCAAUGAUCCAGAGCGAUAUCGAGCUCAUCAAAAAGGAUGUCAGAAAGCUUUUGUUGUUUCAGGAGGCGACAGGAAACCAUACAGCUAUAGCUCAAUCAAUAGAGGAGAAUCUCGAUAGAAUUCGCCAGGCUCGCAUCUUGAACACACUAUGGUUCAGGAUGAUAAAUGAUAGAUCCGAAAGCAUCUCACAGAAUCAUCGGGACACCCUUCAAUGGGCCAUUGAAGGUUCAAAUAACACCGAGUCCUGGCAUGAUCUCCCGUCUUGGCUUCUCAAUGGCUCCGGCAUCUACUGGGUCUCUGGGAAAGCCGGAAGUGGCAAGUCAACCCUGAUGAAGUUUGUCUUUGGGCACCAGCGAACCACGUCGAUCCUAUCUCAAUGGGCUAACGGAAGCCGACUGCUUACAUGUCAUUACUUCUUUUCCAACUUGGGAACAGAUCUCCAGAAGAGCCAGGCUGGACUCUCUCGUACAUUGAUUUAUCAAAUACUGGAUAAAAACAGGUCACUGAUACAAAAAGCACUUCCUAAUAUGUGGAAAGAAUUACUCGAACGAGAGUCUAGCCUGCGAGAUAAUGAUCUGUUCACUCAUGAUGACAUCACCUUACCUUCGGUAGCCGAGACAAGGCAAGCAUUUGAAGUUAUCUCAGCAAAUAGUGGCAGGAUAGGACACAUUUGCUUCUUUAUCGAUGGCCUUGAUGAACUUGUUGGGGAUUACAGUGAUAGUAUCGACUUUAUUAGCAAGCUAGCCCAGAACGAGCAGUCCAAAGUCGUCGUCUCGAGUAGACCUAUCCCAACCUGCGUCGCUGCCUUCCGAAAGCAUCCUCAUCUCAGAUUGCAAGACCUUACGCGAUACGAUAUACAAGCAUAUGUUCAAUUCAAAGUUGGAGGCCAUCCGUCUAUGAAACGACAUAUGAGACGGUAUCCCGAAGAAGCGGCCUCCUUGAUGAAUGAACUUGUUGAUAAGUCUUCUGGAGUUUGGCUCUGGAUAAUACUCGCUUGUCGAUCUAUUUGUGGAGGUUUCGAUGAUCAUGAUCGCCUUGCAGAAAUUCGUCGUCGCGUAGAUGAACUCCCGCCAGAGCUCAAGGACAUGUUCAUGCAUAUGCUCAGUAAGCAGAAGACCAAGUCACCGUUUCUCCAGAAAGGCUUAUAUGCGCUAGGCCUUGCACUUGUGGAUGACUAUAAUACACAGACUGUCUGCAUUGAGAAUCUUGACGCGGAGGAGAAGCUAGAAAUAUGCGAAGAACUUGAAGGUCGACUCAGGAGUCGGUGCUGGGGGCUACUGGAGUUUGCAGACUCCAGGCCUACAACUUCGGGAAGAGACAUAACAGAAGCAAAGGUCAUGUUCAUGCAUCAAACUGUCUUCGAGUUUCUGAGCGAUCAGAACUCAUGGAAGCUUGACUGUCUGCAAAUACAGGACACUGCUUUCCAGUCAGCUACAGCGCUAUCACUCUACGGCGUACAUAUGGCUGUCCAGAAGCUCUGUGAAAAGAAUGAAGUGGCGGCCAUGGAUCUAUUCGAGGAGGGCCUUUGGUGGGGAGCUGAGGCCGAUAAGCAGAGACCCAAUGACACCAAAAACUGCUUCUUCCAUCUUACGGCCUUUCUGUCGCUUCUGUCAGAAAGGAAACUCUCAUGCGUUACACUCCAGAGACUUGCACAGGCAUUAAACGUUGGUGAGGCACCUGAACCCUUACCUGUGGGUUGUUCACCUAUCUCCUUACUACUCGCCGUUGAAGCAGGCGCAAUAAACUUUGCCAAAAGCCACUCGAACUUCGCAGCAACAGGUCAUGACUGUCAGCGCGGAUGUAAGCCUCUUCUAUACCAUGCCCUCAGGAAACAAUUUCUCAGUGGCAAAUUUAAUGAUCAGCCAUCAGACUCACGUUUCAACACCUCUCACAUGGUGGAGAUGCUCCUUCUGAUGGGCUGUGACGCUACCAAUCUCGUCGCAGUCAGUGGUUGUGAGACAAGUCUUUGGUCUUUGUGGUUGGAGGAGCUGACAAGGCUCACGGCCUAUACGCUUAACGAAGAUGAGAAGGCUGUUCUUGCGAAUAUCUCCAAGAUGUUUCGAGCAGCAAAUGAUAAUUUCAGGCCAGAAGGAUUUGAUGAUAUGAUUAUUGACUGGCCUGGUGUUACCUAUUAG